CUAGCCAUAUUCAUAGUAAAUAAAUAUUCAGCGCAAAAUCGUGGUUACCUGACAUAAAUAUUGAAAGAUUUUGAAACUCUUCUGUGUGAUAAAUAUAUUCACGUGAAUGCACUAAUUGAAAAUAAAAAUGUCGAAGUUUUCGUUUGGAUCACCGGCUAUUCCUACUCAGCCAUCUAAUACUUCUAUUGGAAUUAGUGGGCAACAAAAGACUACAUCAACUCCUCUUGCUGUACCUUUUGGUUCCACAACUCCUUCAACUACUGGAUUUGGUACUGGUCAGAAUUGGGCUGAAAAUCCAACAACAACUGGUUUAAAUUUUGCCUUUGGUAGUAGCCAACCAACUCUUACACAGACAUCAAAUUCAAAUACAGUAACUGGUACCACUACAUUAAAUUUACUGCAAAAUCCUACAACAAGUGCACAACCUUCUGGAAUAACAUUUGGAACGUCCACGGUAGCAAGUAACAUGACAUUUGGAGCACCUGCCAAUACAGUGACUUCAACAUUUGGAACAACUCCUACAACAGGAUUAACAUCUUUUGGAGUACCCACAACUACAACUGCUUUAUCAUUUGGAACAUCAACUGGAAAUACAAGUACAUUAUUUGGUUCAAAUUUUGGAACUAAUUUUAACACUGCAAAAACAACUCCUGUAACAACUACUGCAGUGACUAGUACAAAUAAAGGUUUAGGUGGUUUAGAUGUUUCGGUUAAUAAUAAAGGACUUUCGCUAGGAAGUAGUAGUCCAACAGCAGUUAAAGAAAAUCUCUUACCAAAGGAAUUAAUGCAAACUAUCGAUGGCUUCAAGGAAUUUGUGAAAACACAGAAAGUAUUGAGCUCUGAUAUUGCGCGAGGUUCAUCAAGACCAUUAAAUCGAUGUGCCGAAGAUACAGUAUCACUUGUAGACUUACUUACAACAUUAGCUGGUUCUGUUCAAAGGGAUCGUUCUUCAGCAGACAAAUUAAAACAAGAUACCGCAAAAGCAUUGCAAAAUGCAGAAAUUGCACAGCGAACACAUGAUACACCUCCUGGAUUGCAAUAUGAAAAUAAUGCUCCAUAUUUAUUUUUUAUUGAAUUAGCAGAAAAUUUUGAACACGAUUUACUUCUUUUUAAAUCUCAAAUUGAAAUAACAGAAAAACAUAUAAGAACAAUGAUGACGCCUAAAACAUUAACUCCACAAGAACUUACUAUGGCGAUGGGUAAAUUACAUGAGUCGUUAGUUGCUGUAGCUGGAAGAUUACAAGGCGUGCAUACAAAAGUUCAGCAACAGAAAGAACAGUAUUUAAAUUUCAGAAAAUACGUACUAAAGGAUUCUUCAAACGUAUUUGAAGAUAUUAAACUAGUCAGUAAAGUAAAUAAAAAUAAUAUUGUGAAAAUGACAAGUGGACCAACGCCUUUUGCUCCAGGAUAUAAAAGUUUUCUAUCAUCAUCAGGAAUAAACUUAUGUCAGUCAUCAAGUGGUGGUACGAUAAACCCUCUAGUUAAACAGUCAUGUCAAUAAACCGGGUGUGCUCGAGAGAAGUUUUCUUUAAUUGUCCUCUCCUGUAGUCGAAAGUCCAGUCAAAUGCGAAUUCUUCUAAUAAGACGGUUUGCAGCCAUAUAGGGUUUUAAGGGUAUUACGAAAAAAAUAGAAAAAAUCUGAAACUUAGGUUUACAAGGAAUAGAGGUAAUGAUGUUUGGACACACUAUUUUUGUGUUUGUAUAUGCUUUUGCAGUUUUAUACUAAUGAAUCCUCAAUAUUUGGAAGAAUCUUUUGAAUUUAUAAACUUUUAGAUAUUGGUAAAUUUAUUUUUGAAGGAUAUAUGUACUA